CUGAUUCGAUAAACGACGCAACCUCAGACCAGUCCGAGAGAAAACGCAAUGGAUUAAUGUUGAUUUGAAGAAAAGUUUCAUCUUGGAAGUGUUUAAUUUCCAAUAAAUUUAACUGCGAUACGUCAUUUUAAAAACAUUAUGAUGGGAGCCUCCAGCACAGAAAAAACGACAACAAACAAUCCUUUGGAGCAGUUCGUCCUCUUGGCAAAAACAGCGAAAGGAGCAGCAGCCCUCGAAUUGGUAAAGCAAGCGAUUGAAACCCCAGGUGUUAAUGUAUUUGGCGAAUUGCUGGACAUGCCAAACAUUAAGGAACUAGAAAAUGGACCACAUGCUGCUUAUUGGAAUACCCUUAAUUUAUUCGCCUAUGGCACGUACAAACAAUACCUAGAAAAUAAAGAUAAACUCUUAGAAUUAACGCCAACGCAAAAGAAGAAACUUCAGCACUUGACGAUUGUCACAUUAGCCACGAAGUCCAAGUGCAUACCUUACUCAGUUCUUUUGGAAGAGUUGGAUAUCAAGAAUGUGAGAGAUCUAGAAGACUUGAUUAUAGAAGCUAUUUAUGCGGAUAUUAUAAAUGGGAAAUUGGAUCAAAGAAAUUCACAGCUCGAGGUUGAUUUUGCUGGUCUUGGAAGAGAUGUUCGACCUGGCGAUGCCGGCAUUGUUGCAGGAACUUUGUCUGCUUGGGGUCAAGCCUGCGAUUCAAUUUUGGCGUGUAUCGAACAACAGGUCGCGAAAGCUAAUCUUGAGAAGCAAAAAGCAACGCACCACAAGGAUAAAAUACAACAAGAUAUUGCGAAUAUAAAAAAGGCGCUUGCAGCUCAAGCAGGAGGAGGCGGUGUUCAAGAAGCUGACAUGGCUGGGGGUGGCACAGGUGCUGGUAGCAGUGAAUCUGGCAGAGAGGCGCUACCAGUUCCUCCAGAUGCAAAGAAAAAACAGCAGAAGGCGAAGGGUAUUAGAGGCAGCGAAACGAAUUCUUCGCCAUUUGCAUCAAAGAGAUGAAGGAGGUCAAGAGGAAUUUGAAAUUUUGAAUUUGGAUCCAGAGUCAAAGUAGGUUCCGAGCAUUGGGCUCAGAUAUGCUGAGAAGCCUACUCAGAAUUUUUACUGGAAUUUCCUGGAAACUUUAAAAGCAAUCACUUUAUAACUCUACGAUUUUUUUAAAUUUUACAUACUGGUCGUUGAAGAAAUUUGGAGCUAUUUUGAAUUUAAAUUUCAUCGUUGACUGAAGAACUGACUUGAUAAUAAAAUGAAAAUUAUUU